UUCUCCGCCCCCCCCCCCCCCCCACCCACUUCCUCCCAACCAAUCUCUCCCUUCCUUUUCAUUCAGACCCGGCCGCCCAUUCUUCCUUCCUUCACAGUUUUCGAUUCGAUUGGGUUUUCUGUCUUAUCCGAAUCAAGAAAAGCAUCGCUCUCAAAAGCUGCAACCCCACUCACCAUUCCUUUGGAUUCUCUUUCCAGCCCCACAAUCCUUCCUUCAUAUAUUCAUGUGAAACUCUCGCUGGGAGGUUUUCUACUUCUCUUAAAAAAUGCGCUUCUUGAGAUUUUCCCUCUUCUUGUCCCUGCUUUCCCUCGCAUUCUCCGACGAAAGUUUGGACUCCCACCUCCUUCCGAGGCCUUUGAUCAUUCAAUUCCCGGACCCCAUUGAAGCGGCGCAGUUCAGAGAAUCGGCGGAGGAGCUUCAUUUACACUGUAGCAGUUGGAGAUUCGCCGCUGAGACUAAUAAUUUAAGCCCCUGGAAGACGAUUCCGCCGGAAUGUGCCGAUUAUGUGAAGGAUUACGUAACAGGUAGGGCUUACGAAAUUGACCUCCGAAGGGUUUCGAGGGAGGCCGGAGGGCACGCGAAGAGCGUUGAAUUGGGUGAAGACGGAAAGGAUGCUUGGAUUUUUGACAUUGACGAGACUCUGCUUUCCAAUCUUCCAUAUUACUCGGAGCAUGGUUAUGGGUUAGAGGUGUUUGACAGUGUGGAGUUUGAUAAGUGGGUAGAGAAGGCUAUGGCACCUGCCAUAGAGUCCAGUUUGAAGCUUUAUCAAGAGGUUGUGAAGUUGGGAUUCAAGGUUCUCUUACUAACCGGGCGUAGCGAAAGGUACAGAAAUGCUACUGUUGAUAAUUUGAUCAAUGCGGGGUUUCGAGAUUGGGACCAGCUCAUAUUGAGAGCCGCUGAGGAGCACGGGAAGCAAGCAACGGUAUACAAGUCCGAGAAGAGGAACAAGAUGGUGGAAGAGGGAUACCGGAUUAUUGGAAACUCCGGUGACCAGUGGAGCGAUUUGCUCGGUUCCUCCAUGUCUAUGCGCUCGUUCAAGCUCCCAAACCCCAUGUAUUACAUCCCUUAACUGCACAGGAUCCUCUUGUCCAUUAACUUCUCAUUGAAAUAAAAUAAAGUUCUUAUAGCAGGGAA